AUUUGCGUUAACUAGUUAUUAGACAGAGCAUCACUUCUGCUUCACAUUUCAAAUCCCUUUCUUUGCUCUAAGAAAGAUGAACUCUCCUGAAAUGCGUUCUAGCAUUGCCAGAUCAAUCCGCAAAAGAGGAUCAACGGACCUAUCAUUUCUGGACAUGGGAUCUUAUGAACUCUACGAAAUGCAUUUCUCUCUGACCAUCGUAGGUAGAGAUGAAUCACGAUGGGAUGCCUACGCCUUCGAACAUCGUGAGCCAGACGACGAGUUUGGGCAGACGAUAGAUGAGUUAGCUGAGGACCCCGAUAUCAUGAUGGAGGACCCGGUCAUCGGUAGCGUUGAAGAAGAAUCCUGCGAUGCAAACCACCCAAUUUGGAGUCCGCGGAACUACUAUAUUCGAGUUACAGAGAUGCGGUCGAAGCAAGUCCUGAAAGAGUGGACUCAUUUGAUACGGAAGCUGGAGCGCACCAUAAAAAUUCGCCAUCACCCACAUGCACUAUUCUGUCAAUCAUGCGUCAAUCCUCAGCCGGCGGAGACGGAAAGCAGCAAAUUGGCGUUGGAAUGGAGCAGCCAAACUCUAGAUUUACUCCAACGCCUUCGAAUACCAUUGAAACGUACGAUACAUCACUGGAACAGGUUUAGUGCUUCGGACGGAGAUAUAUCUUAUCUGCUGGACCUUUGUCGUGAAGAAUUGAGACUGGAGAAUAUCAGGGAAAAUUUCGAGGCCCUGAUCGACCUUGAACAAGACCUAGCCGCGCUAGAAGAUUACUGCAGCGGGAAGCAACAUUCAGUCCUACAAACCGUCCAUCUCCUUCACGCUAUGCAUGAGACUUCGAAGGAGAAGCAUCGUUCAGCCGAAUUGACGGUAUUGCUCAUCAGUCCAGUAGCCUUAGCAUCCGCCUUCUUCUCGAUACCCUCUCCUGUCUUCUCGUUCGAGAGAAAUUCCACGACCUUCGUCGUCGCCGUUUUUGUCAUUUUUCUAAUUCUUGCUCUCUAUUUCCCGCUUACACGCGUGCUUGUUGGCUUCAAACAAUGGUCAAAUUGGAAGCGCGGAGUCUUGAGAUGGGUGUGGGAAAGAAAAGCGGGAAGAUGGAUGUUGAUACGCGUCGCUCGAAGAUUGGGUCGAUCGAUCAGGGUUCCCGAAGAAUUACUUGACGAGAAGCAAGCGCCGGCUCUUCCCUUUGCAGCUUGAAUGGAUCUGGACACAAGGUGUGCACGGUAGCCUCCUCAUUGCAUAUGUUGCUAGAGUCUCGAAGCAUUCCGAAAGGUGGUUUCGACAUUAGUUCUAUAGUGUAGCGGUGGGA